CUGGGAGGAAGAGGCCGAGCCGGGAGCCCCCGCCCUGGGAGGAAGGGGAGGAGGCCGAACGCUUCCUGGCGCAUUCCCGGCCCGCCCGAGUGACUCACUCAGGCAGGAAACUCCCAGGGCCCGCCCGGGACCCUCGAGCCGCCGCCCGGGACCCAGCCCAGGAUGGCGGCCCAGGUCACUCUGGAGGAUGCAUUGUCCAAUGUGGAUCUCCUGGAGGAGCUGCCCUUGCCUGACCAGCAGCCCUGCAUUGAGCCCCCACCAUCUUCACUGCUCUACCAGCCAAAUUUCAACACUAACUUUGAAGACAGAAAUGCAUUUGUCACCGGCAUUGCAAGAUACAUUGAACAAGCAACCGUCCAUUCCAGCAUGAACGAGAUGCUGGAGGAAGGCCAGGAGUAUGCUGUCAUGUUAUACACGUGGAGGAGCUGCUCCCGGGCCAUCCCACAGGUGAAAUGUAACGAGCAGCCUAAUAGAGUGGAAAUCUAUGAGAAAACCGUGGAGGUCCUGGAGCCUGAGGUCACAAAACUGAUGAAUUUUAUGUAUUUCCAGAGAAAUGCUAUCGAGCGUUUCUGUGGGGAGGUGAGACGCCUGUGCCAUGCUGAGAGGAGGAAGGACUUUGUGUCGGAAGCCUAUCUCAUCACACUGGGCAAAUUCAUCAACAUGUUUGCUGUGCUGGAUGAGCUGAAGAACAUGAAGUGCAGUGUGAAGAAUGACCACUCAGCAUAUAAGAGGGCUGCUCAGUUUUUACGUAAAAUGGCGGAUCCACAGUCCAUCCAGGAAUCGCAGAAUCUGUCCAUGUUUCUGGCUAACCACAACAAGAUCACACAAUCUCUGCAGCAGCAGCUCGAGGUGAUUUCUGGCUAUGAAGAGCUCCUGGCUGACAUCGUGAAUCUGUGUGUGGAUUACUACGAGAACAGGAUGUACUUGACGCCGAGUGAGAAACACAUGCUCCUCAAAGUAAUGGGAUUUGGUCUGUACCUGAUGGAUGGGAGUGUCAGUAACAUCUACAAACUAGAUGCCAAGAAGAGAAUAAACUUAUCCAAAAUUGACAAGUACUUCAAGCAACUCCAGGUGGUUCCAUUGUUCGGGGACAUGCAAAUAGAACUAGCAAGAUACAUCAAGACCAGUGCCCACUAUGAGGAAAAUAAGUCACGGUGGACGUGCACAUCCUCGAGCAGCAGCCCCCAGUACAACAUCUGUGAGCAGAUGCUCCAGAUCCGAGAGGACCACAUGCGCUUCAUCUCUGAGCUGGCACGCUACAGCAACAGUGAGGUGGUGACAGGGUCCGGCCGCCAGGAGGCCCAGAAGACAGAUGUGGAGUACCGCAAGCUCUUUGACUUGGCCCUGCAGGGCCUUCAGCUCCUGUCACAGUGGAGUGCACAUGUCAUGGAAGUGUAUUCGUGGAAACUCGUGCACCCCACUGACAAGUACUCCAACAAAGACUGCCCUGACAAUGCUGAGGAGUACGAACGCGCCACCCGCUACAACUAUACCAGCGAGGAGAAGUUUGCCCUGGUCGAGAUCUAUGGGGCACCAGUACAGUUUUGCUGCAUGGACGUGUCUUGUCACACAGUGGUGUGGUCCAGGCUUUCAGGUACCCAUCACCUGACUGGUGCACACUGUGCCCAUCAGGUGGUAGCCAUGAUCAAGGGCCUGCAGGUAUUGAUGGGCAGGAUGGAGAGCGUGUUCAACCACGCCAUCCGGCACACUGUCUACGCCGCGCUGCAGGACUUUGCACAGGUGACCCUCAGGGAGCCACUGCGGCAGGCCAUUAAGAAGAAGAAGAACGUCAUCCAGAGUGUCCUGCAGGCCAUCAGGAAGACUGUGUGUGACUGGGAGACGGGGCAUGAGCCUUUCAACGACCCAGCACUGCGGGGUGAGAAGGACCCCAAGAGCGGCUUUGACAUCAAAGUGCCACGACGUGCCGUGGGACCCUCCAGCACACAGCUCUACCUGGUGCGCACCAUGGCCGAGUCCUUGAGCUCUGCUGAGCUGCUCCGGCAGCUCAAGGCUCUGGGCAUGGAAAGGCUCUUGCAUGUGGUAAACACGUUUCUGAGGCAGUCGUACGCCUACCCGCCUCUUUUAACCUUUGGUGGUAAGACAUCACUUGUUGUUCUUGUUGACGUUUGUGGCUUGGAGGUACACUGUGCUGCAAGUUGUUCCUUCCCCCAGUCAGCAGCUCCUGGGCCACUGAGAUGGGUGCAGAUCCUGCGGGGAGCCUGCACUGCCAGGCUCAGCGAGGCUUCCUGCUCCCACAGUCUCCCUGAGUUUGGCGUAACUAAUGCACCGUGUAUAUUUUCUCCCCUACAAAUGUUUCCUUGGAUAAUCCAGCUUUACAUGGUGAGAACCAUGCUAGAGUCCCUCAUUGCAGACAAAAGUGGUUCCAAGAAAACCCUGAGAAGUAGCCUUGAGGGGCCCACAAUACUGGACAUAGAAAAGUUUCAUCGAGAGUCAUUCUUCUACACCCACUUGAUAAAUUUCAGUGAAACACUGCAGCAGUGCUGUGACCUCUCCCAGCUGUGGUUCCGUGAGUUCUUCCUGGAGCUGACCAUGGGCCGGAGGAUCCAGUUCCCCAUUGAGAUGUCCAUGCCCUGGAUCUUAACGGAUCACAUUCUGGAGACUAAGGAAGCCUCGAUGAUGGAGUACGUCCUCUACCCCCUGGACCUGUACAAUGACAGCGCCCACUACGCUCUCACCAGGUUCAGCAAGCAGUUCCUCUAUGACGAGAUCGAGGCUGAGGUGAAUCUGUGUUUUGACCAAUUUGUUUAUAAGCUGGCAGACCAGAUAUUUGCCUAUUACAAGGUCAUGGCAGGAAGUUUGCUUCUCGAUAAACGGUUACGAUCGGAGUGCAAGAAUCAAGGAGCCACGAUCCACCUGCCGCCUUCUAACCGCUAUGAGACGCUGCUGAAGCAGAGGCACGUGCAGCUCCUGGGCAGAUCCAUAGACCUCAACCGUCUCAUCACCCAGUGGGUCUCAGCAGCCAUGUAUAAGUCCCUGGAACUGGCAAUUGGAAGAUUUGAAAGUGAAGACCUAACAUCAAUAGUUGAGCUGGAUGGCCUCUUAGAAAUCAACCGCAUGACCCAUAAGCUGUUGAGCCGGUAUCUGACCCUGGACAGCUUUGACGCCAUGUUCCGGGAGGCUAACCACAACGUAUCUGCACCCUACGGGAGAAUCACCCUCCAUGUCUUCUGGGAGCUCAACUAUGACUUCCUGCCCAACUACUGCUACAAUGGCUCCACCAACCGGUUUGUUCGGACAGUAUUGCCAUUUUCUCAGGAAUUUCAAAGAGAUAAGCAGCCUAAUGCUCAGCCCCAGUAUUUGCAUGGAUCCAAGGCUUUGAACCUGGCCUACUCGAGCAUCUACGGCAGCUACCGGAACUUCGUGGGGCCUCCGCACUUCCAAGUCAUCUGCAGGCUGCUUGGCUAUCAGGGCAUUGCCGUGGUCAUGGAAGAGCUGCUGAAGGUCGUUAAAAGCCUGCUGCAGGGUACCAUCCUACAGUACGUGAAGACGCUGAUGGAGGUGAUGCCCAAGAUCUGCCGCCUGCCCCGGCACGAGUAUGGCUCUCCUGGUAUCCUGGAGUUCUUCCACCACCAGCUGAAGGACAUUGUGGAGUAUGCAGAACUAAAGACUGUGUGCUUCCAGAACCUGCGGGAGGUGGGCAAUGCAGUGCUAUUCUGCCUGCUUAUCGAGCAGAGCCUGUCGUUAGAAGAAGUGUGUGACCUGCUGCACGCAGCUCCUUUCCAGAACAUCUUGCCUCGAGUCCAUGUGAAAGAGGGGGAGAGACUUGAUGCCAAAAUGAAAAGACUUGAAUCAAAGUAUGCCCCACUACAUCUCGUCCCACUGAUUGAGAGACUGGGGACUCCUCAGCAAAUUGCCAUUGCCAGAGAGGGGGACUUGCUGACAAAGGAGCGUCUCUGCUGUGGCCUGUCCAUGUUCGAAGUCAUCCUCACGAGGAUCCGCACUUUCCUGGAUGACCCCAUCUGGCGUGGGCCUUUACCCAGCAACGGGGUCAUGCACGUGGACGAGUGUGUUGAGUUCCACAGGCUGUGGAGUGCCAUGCAAUUUGUGUACUGCAUUCCGGUGGGGACACAUGAGUUCACUGUAGAGCAGUGCUUCGGCGAUGGGCUGCACUGGGCUGGCUGUAUGAUCAUUGUACUACUUGGGCAACAGCGGCGUUUUGCUGUAUUGGAUUUCUGCUACCAUCUACUUAAAGUUCAGAAACAUGAUGGCAAAGAUGAGAUUAUCAAAAAUGUGCCUUUGAAGAAGAUGGUGGAUAGAAUCCGCAAGUUCCAGAUCCUCAAUGAUGAGAUCAUCGCCAUCCUGGACAAGUACCUGAAGUCGGGUGAUGGGGAGAGCACACCUGUGGAGCACGUGCGCUGCUUCCAGCCGCCCAUCCACCAGUCUCUGGCCAGCAGCUGAGGACACCUGUCCUGGCCCAGAGCAGUCAGUAACUCUAACGCCAUGGUUUUUGCUCUGUGAACUAUGUAGUGAGAUUUUUAGGGCUAUUUUUCACUAUUUCUGUACCUGUUAAAGAGGGUGCAUCUCGAUUUAAAAGUUGAAUUUUAUAAAAUUGACUUAUUUUUCUAGACUGCACUUAGUUACUCAUGCAGAUUCUGGUAACUAAGAAGUCUGAGGGUACUGGCUGCCGACUGUUGCCAUUGUCCUUAUAAAAUUAUUCUCAACUUUCCUAUGGAAUGUUCCGGAAGCUCUGACAUCACAUGCUACUGAGUGUAUUCAUUUAUCCCUUCUUACAAAAAUGCUAACGAAUGUAUUAAAAUCCUUUCCCAGUUACCAUUAAUGAUUAACUCUAGCUUUUGUUUACGGAUUUUUUGAUGCUUUUAUGAAUAAUCUUUUAUAAAUCAUCAGUCCUCUCUUUUGUGUGUUUCACAAAAUAGUGAAUUUAACUGCUUCUAUUAAAUCCAAUUGUGACAAACUAAUUUGUGAGGUAUCAUUUAAAUGUCAUAGAAAUAAAACUAAUUAAAUCUAUUUUGUGUUCAUUCCUUUACUAUGACCCUGUGCUGCUUGGCUUGGGCAUUAUCUGAGCACACAGGAUGGGCCCAGCUCCAAGCCCAGAGUGCCUCCAGGAUGACGGAGGGCAGGAUCGUGACACCACUCAGCACCUGGUUUUUCUUGCCAACACACAUGCUUCGCAUUUUCCUUAACGUUUCCACAGGCAACUGAGAUGUAAAAUAGGGCUGGCCAUUCCACUCUGGAUGCACAGAACACCUGUGUUGUAUGUGCCUGUGACCUGGAGAUUCUGUGGCUGCCACAUUGCUUCCAUUCGCCUUUAGAAAUGCAACACCAAAGUCGAGGAGCAUCAGGCAUGGCACAGAAAGAGCAAACAUAGGAGCUGCUCUGCUGUGCUGUUAGCCCGGGAGUGGAAUGAAGCAGAGCAGAACUUUAAUGUUUAUUUUUUAAGACAGUCUCACCAUGUCACCCUUGGUAGAGUGUCGUGGCGUCACAGCUCACAGCAAACUCCAACUCUUGAGCUUAAGCGAUUCUCCUGCCUCAGCCUCCCAAGUUACUGGGACAUUAGACGCCUGCCACAACGCCUGGCUUUUUUGUUGCAGUUGUCAUUGUUUUAUACAGUCCUGGUGUGUAUGGCCAGUGUCCUACUCACUGGGACACUGCGCUAUGGGUGCCGCCUACAAACUCUUGUUUAUAAGUUACCUAAAGAUGUUGCUUUUUUGGCUUGGCGCCCAUACCACAGUGGUUACAGCAUCAGCCACAUAUACCAUAACAAUAAUGCUAAACAAUAUUGCUAAACAAUUCUUACCCAUGUUUGCUAAACAAUAAUGAUAACUGCAACAAAAGAAUAGCCAUGUGUUGUGGCGGGCACCUGUGGUCUCAGCUACUAGGAGGCUGAGGCAAGAGGAUUGCUUGAACCCAAGAGUUUGAGGUUGCUGUGAGCUGCAACAACACGGCAUUCUACCAAGGGCAACAAAGUGAGACUGUC